GGUAGUAGGUACUAACAACUCCUUGUUGACAGUGGGAAUGAAGUUAGGUUGCAACAAACAACGUGGUUUCCACAUGUAAUUUAGAUCCUUUGAUUAUCCUAAAAAUUAAUACAAAAUGGGCAAAACCAAAAAGAAAACGAAAGGCAAGGGUACGGAAAAAACAUUGGCGAAAACGGAGAAAAAAUUAAUACAUAAAUUCAACAAACAAUUGUCCAACAAAGGAGAGGAAGAUAUUGAAGCCAUAUUAGCAAAAAUAGAAAAAGAAGAACAGGAAAAGUUAAAAGUUGUUGAAGUGCAGAUUAAAACUCCACCAACACGAAGGUGUUUCGCAUCUCUAACUGCUCAUCCUUAUAAAGAUGAAUUGAUACUAUUUGGGGGCGAGUUGUGUACAGGAGAUGCAACAACGUUAUACAAUGACUUGUUCCUGUAUAAAAUUGCAACUAAGGAGUGGGUUCUUGUCAAAUCGCCUUGCGGCCCUCCUCCUAUUUCUUCACACCAAGCAGUUGCAGUUCCGAUGAACAAGGGUGAAUUGUGGGUAUUCGGAGGAGAGUUCAUGACCAAAAGCCAGUCACAAUGCCACCACUUCAAGGAUUUAUGGAUGUUCUCUUUGGAUUCAAAACGAUGGAGUAAGAUAGUAGCCCCUGGUGGCCCAUCACCAAGAAGCGGUCAUAGAAUGGUGCUUUGUAAAAGACAGUUAAUUCUGUUUGGUGGUUAUUUUGACAAUUUAAGAGAAUAUAAAUAUUUCAAUGAUGUCUAUGCAUUCAAUUUAGACGAUCGCAAAUGGGCCAAAUUAGAACCAACUGGAACACCACCUACUCCAAGGUCUGGAUGUCUAAUGGCUGUCACUGCGGAAAACAAAAUUGUGGUAUGGGGAGGAUAUAGUAGGACUAACAUCAAAAAGGAAAUAGAAAAAGGAACGGCACAUUCUGAUAUGUUUCUUCUAUCACCUGAAAGAAAUGACACUACCGGGUUAAAAUGGAAGUGGAGCAUAGUUAAACCUGGUGGUGUGAGAUACUUCGAUAGGAGCGGUGUAUCUUGUGCAUACUUCAACAACAAAGCGUACACUUUUGGAGGCAGUACAGAUCAUGAAACAGAAGCAGAAAUUGAAUCGGAAUUUCACAACGAUCUUCACGUUUUAAGUUUAGACAAAUUUAUGUGGAAUGAGGUCACUGUGAUGCAGAAAAAGAAACAAAAGAAACCACGAAGAAAGGAAAAACAAGAUGGGGAAGAAGGCGAGGAAGAAUCUGAUGAAGAAGAGACUCCAGAUCAAGAGCCAGAGCCAAAGGAAAUAGUAAGUGAUGGAGUUUUUACAAUGCAGAUUGGCCCACCUAAGGAUGAAACGCCAACUUCAAGCUGUGAAAAUGUACACACUACCAACCCAAAUAAUAAUCCACAUAGUAGGAUAAACGCUGUUAUGACCAUUAAGGGAUCACGGCUAUAUAUCUAUGGAGGUCUAUAUGAGGACUUGAAAAAGAACAUAGAUUAUACUUUGAACGAUUUACACUCCAUAGAUAUUAAAAAAUUCGACGAAUGGGAAGUAUUGAUACCACCUGAUUUUGAAUCUCAAGACUGGCACGAAUCUACAUCAGAGAGUAGUUCCAGCAGUGAGGAAGAAGAUGAAGAUUCAGAAAUGGAAGUCGAUUCUGAUGAUGAAAAUUGAAUAUACACUUUUAAAAGCCAUAGUUUACUUCUAUUUUCUAACCUGCUAAAAAGAUUUAAGCAAUUAUUACAAUGUUUUAGCAAAAUCAGUACCUGCCAUGCAAUUGGCAGAAAUAAUAAUUUGUAUUAUUACUCAAAAUCAAUUAUUAUUAGAUUAUGGCAUUUUUGAAAUCAUAAUUUUUUUUUCAAUUGAUUAUUAUAUUUAUGUAACAUUAUUGUUAUAUAAAAUGCAUUUGGCCAAAAUGUUCAAAUCAUGUUAAACAAACUUGAUCAUUGUUAAUUGUACAUAAUGAUCAUUACUUAUUGGUCAGUAAGUCAUGAAUAAUUACCAUCUGGUUGAAGUUGGUUGUUCAUUAAACAAAAUGUUGACAGCUUGUUUAUUUAUUGGACAAAUUCAGUGUUUGGUCAGUCAAUAAUUUUCCUUAACAAAAAAAAAAAA